GAUACAGCAGAAGCUGCGGAUCAGAGAGUAAUCACACAACAUUCUAUCAACAUGUUCAGACAAUUAUUCGCAUUAUUUGCGCUCAGCGCAGCUUUGUGUGCAGCUUAUCCUGCAGCUGAUACCACAUUAGAUACAGUAGUAUACAACGAGAAAGGAGAAGCAUUCUUGAUGAUUCCUACCGAAGAAUGCCGCUUGGCUAGGAUGAAAAGAGAUAGUGACCAUAAUAUUAAACACAAAACGUACGGAUACAACGAUCCUAAGAAGGGUGAUGUUUUGGGUGCCAAAGGAAUCUACACGCACAAACCGUCCCAAAGCAAAGUGGGCGUCGAUGCGGAAAAACAGCAAAGGGGAAACAGCCACGCAAAAGUUAGUGGUAAAACACAGUACGAGACCGAAGACGGCAACGGCAGGGUAUCAGUAGGUGCAAAUGUUAACAAGCAAUGGAAUAAUCGUGGAAAAAGUCACACUGGCUACGGUUGGGAAGUCGAAGGCGAUUGGGAUUUUUAAAUUAAAUGUACUAUUAUUUAAUGACUGAAAUAAAAUUAGACCUUUUUAUAAA